AUGUCCUCCAUGGUAUCACUACUGGAAAUCUUGGACAACAAUGAGAGACUAAUGGCAGGGAAGGAAUUGAAUGGUCUUCUUUUCCGAUUUGUUACAAAUCUCAUUGGCUUCAGAAGAUAUAAGGUGAAUGAAUUCAGUGCAGCAGUUCACCACCAGCUCUCGAGCAUCGUUGGCCACCCGGACAUUAGGAAGAGUCUCUUUGAUCAUUUUAUUGAUAGCAGCUCUGGGGAUAGUGAGAUCAUCAUCGUUGCCAGACGAGGAAGCCAUAGUACCUUCCUGUUUCUCGCGCCCCGGCUUUUAAAAACUCCCCGGCUCUGGUCCACUACUCCACGGAGAUCUCUCAAAAAGCCGCCCUCGGAGAGUGAUCCCGGGGGGUGCUUCGCGAAGAGGGUGCAGAAAAUGAACGGAGGAGGAGCUGGCUUGAGGGCUGGGAACGCUCGCGUGUGUGAGAGAUUUAGGAUGAGUUUGGGAAGAAAGUGGGGGCCUGAGGAUUCUAGAGAGAGCACAGCCCAGGCUGAGGGGAAAGCGCGGUGGUCCGGAAAUUUGAGCGGCUGGGGAACCACCUUCGGGUCUCCUCAGAGGGGCGGGCACUGUCGCCUAACUGGUCCCCAACGGCGUCGAAGCAGAGGCAAGAUCCAGGGGCACUGGCCUCGCCGCGGUACCGGGCGGGUACCCAGCGGGCUCGGCUCUAUAGAGCCCGAGGCCCCGCUGCCGCUGCCGCCGCCGCCAGCAGCCGUUGCCGCCGCCUCGGCCAAACCAUCCUUCAGACACCCGCGCCGCCGCCUCACAACAUGUCCGCCGCUGCCGCUGCCGCUGCUGGAACGGCGACGGCCGCCUGGGAACUAAUAUGGACAGAGCCAGGCACAGUGGGAGUCGCAGUGGCUGCCACCGUGGCCGCGUAACCCGAACGCAGAUCCUGGAAGCCGAAGCGGCGGCAACGGUGGUCCCUCCAGAGGCCAGGGAAGAUUUGCAGGAAGCCGCUCCCGACACCCUUUGCGCCGCCGGAAGCUUCGUUCCUCAGAUUUCCCCCUCCCUCCCGGACCGACUUCCGGAUGUGGCUGCCGCCCUUCCCCCACCCACGCCGACGGGAGCCGCCCGUUCCCGCUGCCAGCAGCUUCCGCCUGCUGCGGUCCUGGCAAGCACCUCGGGAUCCCAUUCCUUCACAGGGGCCCUAGCCGGGCAAGCGCGCGCGUCACUGUACCGGAGAGCUCCAAGCACGCGCUUGGUCAGGGGCCCGGACGCUAGAUCUGGGAAGGGGUGGUGGCUGGCUAGAUGGGCGAGGAAGGAUCGUCUCUACCCUCUCUCCAGCAGCUGAGGCCUCCGAACCCAUCCCUAGCCGGAUUUGGGGACAGAGGAGCGCUGGUAUUGAUAAAAGAACUCUCUUUGCUAUUCUUUUAGGAGCCCAAAUGAGGAUUGAAAGUGAGAAGAAUGGGGCCUGGGCUUGGGAGUGGGAGGUGGGGAAAGCGCAGAAUCCCGUGUGCCUGUUUCUGCGUCGUCUGGAGAGAAAGCUUUUGAAGAUGUCUAAUAGACCUUAUUCGGGUAAAAGCUCUCUAAAGUCCUCCACCUUUUUUUUUUUUUUUUACUGCAUGGAAAAUGAAACAGAGAAGUUACUUGCCUAGAGGCGACUAAGUCGCCUAAUAGAUAAGGAGGAAAGUAGAAGUCAGUUCCAACGUAGUGGAAAUGCAUGGCGUACAAUGAGCCGUAUUAGAAGGUUCCCAUUUAGACAGUUUUCAUGGUGUAUUCCAUGUUGGCUUCUACAGGGGAAAAAAAAUGUUAGAGCAUCUUAACUGUUUUUGCUUCUUUCCAUAGUGACUAGUAAUAUCAACAGGUGUCAAGAUCUAAACAGAAAUUGCAUUUUAAAAAGUGUGUCAGACGGGCGCUGUGGUUCAUCAUACCUGUAAACCCAACACUUUGGGAGGCUGAGGCAGGGAGAUCACAUGAGCCCAGGAGUUCAGGACCCCCCUGGGCAACAUGUGAGACCCGUCCCUACAAAUAUCUGUGUGUGUGUGUGUGUGUGUGUGUGUGUGUGUGUAUUCAUUCCAAUAUCCCACUGUUUAUAGUAUAGCCUCUUCUCCCAUAUGACAGUAUGACACUCUUACGGGUUUUUUUUUUUUCCACCGGGCUUGGUUGCAGGCACAGUAGUUCUGGCUACUCUGGAGGGUAAGGUGGGAGGAUCGAUUGAGCCCAGGGGGUCAAGGCUGCAGUGAGCUGCGAUUGUGCCAUUGCAUUUCCAGCCUGGGUGACAGAGAAAGAGUCUUUGUCUCAAAAAACUUUAAAAAAAAAAAAAAAAAAAGAAGACAAACUAAGUUUGUCAUACUGUCGUGUGGAAUAAGAGGCUAUAUAAAUAGUGGGAUGUUGGAAUUUCUAAAAACAAGACACCGUUUAAAUCCAUUUUGUCACUUUGGUUCAUCAGAUUCAUUACUCUUGAUGACACCUGGCUUGUUGACAAUGUUUUCUUAAAACAUUCUGUCUGAGCCCUGUAUGCUGUUCUCAAGAAGACAUUACAGUUUACUACUCUAUUUUUUCAUUUAGCA